AUGAAACGGCGGCAAUGUGGUUUUCAGCCUGUGAAAGGGAAGUUGGCUGCAGCAUAUUCUGGUGAGUGUGAGACACCCCCGGCGGUUUCCAGUGACAAAUCGCAGAGCGGCCGCAGACAGCUUCGCAGAAACAUCCCAGACAGUGGAGACUCCAGUGUCAGCGUGAUUCCUGCUGGUGCGAAAUUCUGCCAUGAGAGUUUCAACUCAAAGUGCCCCAGGUGUUGGUUCGUGAAGUUUCGUUCCAAGUGGCAGCGAUCACACGGGUCGUUCCUUCAGCAGAGUGAGGGUCAACGUGUCCGAACAGCAUGGCUGGCAGAACGCCCGGCGAGCCUAGCCGGCGAAUGGGCUGUAGGUUGCGCGCCUUGCGCUGCACUUAGAGCACGCGCAGCACAGAGUGACAGUCGGGCCCGGCACCUGCGCCGCCGAUUCGACACAAAGUUUGCCCGCUACGAGAUCCGCACUCUUUCCCAGAUGCAGGCCAGCUCGUUCCAGAAUCACGCCGAGAGUGACAUCCACAAGAGAGCAAUUCGCGGAGUGUCAUUACCGGAUGCACCGCUGGAGAGUCUUAUCCUGGGAAGCCGUGAGGACGAGGAGCUGCUGUCAGGGUCAGACUGGCUCCGCUGCUGGCGGAUGAUCAAGAGUCCAGUGUCAUACAACAAGGCUGCGGCCCAGUCUGUCACCGAGACCUACAUCGCGAUUCGCAAGAAGAGUGUGACCAGAUAUACGUUGAAACGAAUGGUCCUUGUCAUGGUCGAGAUUGUCAGGCGGCGGAAACGAGAAGCAUUGAAGAAUAGCAGUUGCUGUUCCGUUGCCCUGGACGACAAAGCACCAUACAGGGUGAUCAGGUUUCGGGCCUGCAGCAAGACACUCCAGGGUGAGGGUGAGGAGUCUUGUGUUAUCACUGGAGUGGCAGCAGUGCUGAAGUAUCAUGGAACAAUGACUGGAACAACCACCCGUGAUUUGGAAGAGGACUAUGGGAUCAAAGUGGCCGACAGUGUCAAGGCAGCUUUCCAGAUGCUUUGCACCCCGGAGGGUGACGACACGAACGAUGCGCUGUUGCAGCACAUCUUGAACACUGUGAAGGCGUGUACCACAGAUGGUGCGGCUGCGAUGAAGAAGUCCAUGGCGCUCAUGCGCGGACGUUGUCUUCCCAACUUGAGUGUGACGAUAGUGGACAGAGCACACCAAAUACGGCGUGCAGCUCUGGCAAUUACUUUGGAGCCGCGCUUUAAAUCAUUCUGGGACCAUUUUGGGAGAGUGAUACCGGCGUUGCAGAACUCAGACGCAUGGCGCCUUCGCUUUGCAGUGUUACAGCGUGAGGCACCGACGAUGCCAAAUCUUCGACGAGCGGUGACUACUCUGUCCUAUGCCAAGCAGCGCUUCGACUCAUCAGCAACGCCGCAGGCUCGCUAUUGCUUAAUGCUGGAGCCGAUAGCGUCGGACGAAAGAUUGGAAGCCGGCAUCAGAUGCAAAAGCCAAAAAAUGCUAGAGUCAAUGACUGCUGAGCAUGCCCUGACAGCUGGCUUGGCCACGGACUUCGGACUCGAGGUGCUUCAGUAUGUCCGGCUCAACGACCGAGCAGAUCACGAUAUAUCUGCUGUCCUUCGGGAGCGUGACUUCUUCCUAGGCCGCCUGCGACAGUUAUUCCUGGAAGGGAGGGUGCUGUGUGAACCCGAAGCAACUGACGUGGGGACAUUUGCUUUUCAAGCCUGUCGCAAUGCCAUGCAGUGUGCUACCGUUCAGUUUUGUGAUCGGCUGCACACGAUGUGGGGGCCAAUGUCCAAGAGCCAAUGCCAAAGUGUGAUGACCAGCGCCCAGGCAUGUGUCGACGCCACCAUUGCCAGAGUGAUGGCAGACUGCCAUUGCUCCGACUCUCACGUGGCGCUCCUAGGCCUUGACUUUGAAUGGGAUCCUUUUGAACAGUUCAAGUUCAGCUGCUUUGAUCUGCAGCUGUGGCAAGCGGCCCGUGAAAAGAUGCGUCAGGGUGACGCCGCCGCAUGGCAAGCCACACGCCUGGACCAGAUAGCCCGCUUCAAGAUGGUCAUGAAGCUGACAGGGCAGGAGGUGGACAAGGCCCUGGCGGUUACGGAGUUCGAGAGUCAGGUGGCAGUCUUCUUGGCGGACAAAGCAACACUCAGCAGGUGUCGCAAGGAUCAAGAUUGCAGGCCGGCGUGGAGGACAGUGCUGAGUGGAAGCCUAGAGGCGUUGAAGCCCAGUGUGAGGUUGUACCUUUGUGUCUUGGAUGGCGAAUGCUCCGUGGAGCGUGACUUGUCCCAACUGCGCAGCUUCCUCCAAGAGUGCAAAGGCCCGCUUGACCUGGAGGGCGUUACCGUUGGACACUUGUUGGAGUUGCGACUGGAUGGCCCACAGCGCGAAGAAGAGAUAGCGGUGCAAGCUUCAGUCGCAGCUGUCGAGUCCUCUUGUGGUUUGCAAUUCGCAGGCUGCGCAGCCCUGCAGAUGACAGAUUUCACGCGUUCCUGCCAGGAGCUUUGGAUAGAGUGGUUCGGUCGACGGUUUCGUUCCUAUCGGAAGCGAGCGGAUGCCGGUAAAGUUCGGGUCCCCAGCAGUCGUGGUGUUUCGGCCAAGUUCAAGGGUCAGCGUGAAACAGUCCGGAAACUGUGCAGCAUGUCCACAGAAGAACUUUCGUCGGCCAGAACGUUCCUGGGCCACAGGGUGAAUGACUUUGCGAGGCCAAACAGGUACAAACUGGCAGACAGUCCCGCUUGGUGCACGGAGCUUCGCAAAUUCCAGAAGAACACGGUGAGGAAGGCUCAGGCUGGUCAGGCCGAUAGAACCAGGCGGAAGCUCGGCCUUCGGGCGCCAAAGCCGGAGCUGCGGACCGGAAGUGUGAUGCAGGGCCCUGCUGGUGCCGGCCUGAGGGACAACGCUGUCAUCUUGGAUUUCACGAAAGAUGGCAUUCAGCAGCCUCUUGCUGGGAGGGUGAAGCGACCUCAGGGUGAGCAGGUCAAUUUUCAAGUGCUCCAAACAGCCACUGUCGUGGUCGUGGACGAUCUUUCAGCGGUGGAGCAGAUGAGGGCUGGGACGCUUGACGCGAUUUAG